GUUGUGACACGGAUAAUUGGAAGGUGUUUCAGCUCAUGUUAGUAGAUCAACCUGGGAAGUCUUUCCUCGCUUCACCUUAUAUCUCUUGUCAAAGACCCGUGUUGAUCGAAGGGAGCCGGAAAAAUAGAUCAACAUAUUAUAAUUUACUUUUGCCUCCUGCAACUGAUCGAAGUCCUGAUGCUUCCGUUGUUCUCGCUACAAGAUGGAACGCGUUAUCAUCUAAUGACCUAAAUGAGAAGUCUCCCUCGGUCGUCCCAAAUUUUGUCGAAAAGGUACGUUCAGCUAAUGAUACCGAGAAUUAUAACCACGAAAAAAUAUGCUUUUAUAUGGAAGCCGGUGUUAAAGAGGAUAUCUUAAUCGAUCCGAUCAACCAAAAUGUAACAAUUUAUCGAGCUCAUGGAAACGAAAUUGUCUGGAAUGUGCUAAGAAAUCCUCGAACUACAACUUCUCGAAUUCUUAACGGAUUCGUGCUAAAUUUACGGGCAUUGGAAGUUUUACAGUGGAAGUAUUUUGCAGUCAAUCAAGAAGCAGCAAAAGAAGCAGCUUAUAAAAACUUAUCAAAUAUAAUUAAGUCUUCGGAAAUGCAUGAAAGGACCCUUCAGGUAGCAGUGAUGGCACCUAACGUAUUUUACGUUAAAAGUAAUGAGAAUGCACAAAUGGAAAUCAAAAGGAGAAUUUUUAGUAUAACAGAUAGAUGUACCUCAGUAGCAAAAGGAAUCCAUAGCACAACAUUAUCCUAG